CUUUGGAAAUAUCGAUAGCUAUAAUUGUUUCUUCGUGACAUCUCUAAUUGUGUGUGAAACGCCGCUAGACGAAAACUUGCAAAUCAUUUCAGGCUGCCUUUUUUUUGUCUUGUAAAAAUUAAAUAAACUAAAAGAAUGAAUGCUCUCGGCGUUGAACAAUUUCCGGACUAUAAAGUACCCGGAGUGCAACAUGUAGACUUUUCACCAUACGAGUCCAACGGCGGCUCGAUUGUUGCCAUUGCUGGUGAGGACUUUGUGGUCAUUGCCGCCGAUACACGCCUGAGCAGUGGCUACAGUAUCCAUUCGCGCGACCAGAGCAAACUCUUCAAACUGUCACCACACACGGUGCUGGGCUCCACGGGCUGCUGGUGCGACACCCUGUCGCUGACUGGCCUGAUGAAGGUGCGCAUGCAGAUGUACGAGCACACACACAUGAAGACAAUGACAACGGAUGCUGUCGCCCAGAUGCUCUCCAUUGUCAUGUACAAUCGUCGCUUUUUCCCCUACUAUGUGUCGAAUAUUUUGGCCGGUUUGGACAAGGAUGGAAAGGGUGUCGUCUAUUCGUACGAUCCAAUUGGUCAUUGCGAACGGGCCACGUAUCGUGCUGGCGGUACUGCCGGAUCCUUACUGCAACCGGUGCUGGAUAAUCAGAUUGGUUACAAGAAUCAAAACUUGGCGGCCGAUCAGCUGCCGCCACUGACCAAGGAUCGAGCCGUUUCUGUCGCCUCCGACACUUUCAUUUCGGCUGCUGAGCGUGAUAUUUACACUGGUGAUUCAGUGCUCAUAAACAUCAUCACAAAGGAUGGUAUUGAGCAGAAGACCCUACAAUUGCGCAAGGAUUAAAAAAUACUUAAGGUCAAGGGAUAAUUAAAUUUACAUUCAGAUUAUGUUCGACUUGAAAUUGUAGCUUCUUAAAUAAAACAGAUCUACAAGAUAAAUGAGGGAAAAAUUUCGUUUAUAUUAUCGAACCUGAAAUAAAAUGAAUACUAAUAUGUAUUUUAUAUUCUUA